UCUGCAGGGCGGGGAGCGGAGCUUCCUCCUCAGAGUGCGGUGCGACGUCGCUGGAUUUUUCCUUCCGCCCCUGCCUCCGCGGCGCCGGGGCGAGCGAGGGGGCAAGCGGAAGGUUCGCUGGAGCCGAGGCCCGCGAUGCGCCCGGGGGGAGCAACGCAAGUCGCGGGGUCGCCGGCGACGGACGGGUCGCUGUGCGGGGAGCUGCUGCAGGCCCCGUCGCCCCCGGCCUUGCAGCCGCCUCCGGCCGCGCCGUCGGGGCCGCCACUCCCCGCUUCGGCCGGCGCGACCCUCAACCGCCUUCCGGAGCCGCUGCUGCGGAGACUCAGCGGGAGCCUGGACCGAGCGCCCGAGGGCCGGGGCUGGAGGAGGCUGGCCGAGGUGGCGGGAAGUCGGGGGCGCCUCCGGCUCAGUUGUCUGGACUUGGAGCAGUGUUCUCUUAAAGUCUUGGAGCCUGAAGGAAGUCCAAGCUUAUGUUUACUGAAACUGUUGGGUGAGAAAGGUUGCACGGUCACGGAACUGAGUGACUUCCUGCAGGCUAUGGAGCACACGGAGGUUCUUCUGCUUCUUAGCCCCCCAGGAAUAAAGAUCACUGUCAACCCAGAGUCAAAGGCAGUUUUGGCUGGACAGUUUGUCAAACUGUGUUGCCGGGCAACUGGACAUCCGUUUGUACAAUAUCAAUGGUUUAAAAUGAAUAAAGAGAUUCCAAACGGAAAUGCAUCAGAACUUAUUUUUAACACAGUGCAUGUAAAAGAUGCAGGCUUUUAUGUCUGUCGGGUUAAUAAUAAUUUCACCUUUGAAUUCAGCCAGUGGUCACAACUGGAUGUUUGUGAUAUCACUGAAGUAACAGGAAGCUUCCAGGGAAGUGUGGAUGGCGUCUCUGAAUCCAGGUUGCAAAUCUGCGUUGAACCAAGGUCCCAAAAGCUGACGCCCGGCAACACGUUGGUCUUACAGUGUGUUGCUGUCGGAAGCCCCAUUCCUCACUACCAGUGGUUCAAAAAUGAAUCACCAUUACUACAUGAGACCAAAAAGCUAUACAUGGUACCUUAUGUGGAUCUGGAACAUCAGGGAACCUACUGGUGUCAUGUAUAUAAUGAUCGAGACAGUCAAGAUAGCAAGAAGGUAGAAAUCAUCAUAGGAAGAACAGAUGAGGCAGUGGAGUGCACUGAAGAUGAAUUAAAUAAUCUUGGACAUCCUGACAAUAAAGAGCAAACAGCUGAUCAGCCUUUGGCAAAGGACAAGGUUGCUCUUUUGAUAGGAAAUAUGAAUUACUGGGAGCACCCCAAGCUUAAAGCGCCAUUGGUGGAUGUGUAUGAAUUGACCAACUUGUUACGACAACUAGAUUUCAAAGUUGUUUCACUGUUGGAUCUCACUGAGUAUGAGAUGCGAAAUGCUGUGGAUGAAUUUUUACUACUUUUAGACAAAGGAGUAUAUGGAUUGUUAUAUUAUGCAGGGCAUGGUUAUGAAAACUUUGGCAACAGCUUUAUGGUCCCUGUUGAUGCUCCAAAUCCGUAUAGGUCUGAAAACUGUCUGUGUGUGCAAAAUAUACUGAAAUUGAUGCAAGAGAAAGAAACUGGGCUUAACGUGUUCUUGUUGGACAUGUGUAGGAAAAGAAAUGACUAUGAUGACACUAUCCCAAUCUUGGAUGCGCUAAAAGUCACUGCCAAUAUUGUGUUUGGAUACGCCACGUGUCAAGGAGCAGAAGCUUUUGAAAUCCAGCAUUCUGGGCUGGCAAAUGGAAUUUUCAUGAAAUUUUUAAAAGAUAGAUUAUUAGAAGACAAGAAAAUUACUGUGUUACUGGAUGAAGUUGCAGAAGAUAUGGGUAAAUGUCACCUCACCAAAGGCAAACAGGCUCUAGAGAUUCGGAGUAGCUUGUCUGAAAAGAGAGCCCUCACUGACCCAAUCCAGGGGACAGCGUAUUCUGCGGAGUCUCUGGUGCGGAAUCUGCAGUGGGCCAAAGCACACGAACUCCCAGAAAGUAUGUGUCUUAAAUUUCAGUGCGGCGUUCAGAUUCAGUUAGGGUUUGCCGCCGAAUUCUCCAAUGUCAUGAUAAUCUACACAAGCAUAGUCCACAAGCCACCCGAUGUCCUGAUGUGCGAUGCCUAUGUCACCGAUUUUCCUCUUGACUUAGAUAUUGAUCCCAAAGAUGCAAACAAAGGGACGCCUGAGGAAACGGGCAGCUACUUCGUGUCCAAGGAUCUUCCCAAGCACUGCCUCUACACUAGGCUCAGCUCGCUGCAGAAAUUAAAGGAACAUCUGAUCUUCACAGUCUGCCUGUCGUAUCAGUACUCAGGCUUGGAAGAUACCGUCGAGGAGAAGCAGGAGGUGAAUGUGGGCAAACCCCUCAUUGCCAAACUGGACAUUCACCGAGGUUUGGGCAGGAAAACUUGCUUCCAAACGUGUAUUAUGUGUAACGGCCCUUACCAGACCGCAGCAUCCACCUCAUCGGGAACCGGCCGUUACCCCUCAUCUCAGGACUCAUUCCCCGGUGUUUACCAUUCGCACCUUGGUAACUCCAGUAACGUCUUGCCAUCAGAUGACUGUCGCUGCAGCCGGAUGGCAGAUGCAUUUAUUUCAAGUCACCACACCCACCAUUAUCCGUGCCAGUUCGGGAGGAGCAAUGUGCCAGUGGAGACAACUGAUGACAUGCCAUUCAAUCUCUCUGAGGGGCUCCGAAUUUCUGAAAACUGACCUCCUUAUUUUCGGAAGUUACCAUAAUUACUCGAUGCCUCCAGUGCAACAGUACUGACAUGAAGAGAGGCAUCAUAAAAAAGUAAACAUGGAUCUGUAGAGAGAGAAGAUCUGUGAUAGUAUUUCGUGGCAAACCCAGGACUUUGAAUUGUU